GUCAGCCGAGUCGGAAAAGAAGUCUCGGGUCGGGCGGCUGUAUUUGUUUCGGAACGUAUCUGACGGAUAAAUAUUUUGUGUCAGUGCUAUUUCGACGCGCUGAACGUAACGUUCGACAUACUCUCUAUACUCUCUCCCGCGCUGGGCCACGUUGCGUAUGACUACGCUGCGUAUGCGUAACUCGCACAGUUUUCCACGAGUUCGAGUCCGAGUCCCUGCCGCGAAAAUCAAAAUCAAAACAAGAGCCACCGCAGAACGAUGAAAAUCACCGGCCAGCUAGCCAACUAGUAGUUGUAAUUACAAAUACGAAUUAAGUUAAAUCGGCCAGACAGCCAACGGCAUCGCGCGAUACCUCCUGCCGACGGCAAAACGCAAAGUGCUACAGCCCUACUUUCACGGUGGCGGUAUGAGCCAGAAAGAAAAUCGAAAGAAAGAAUUAUUUUUCCCUAUAACAAUCACACAACCAAUGCAAUAAUAAACAUGGUGCAAUGAUCAACAGUUAACGAGUCGCGGGAAAGCCAACGACAACGAAAAACCAAAACAUCCUCGAGAAGAGAAAGUGCUUGAAGCGUGCGUUUUUGAAAAAGUUCUCUUGAUGAAAAAUCACCUGUCCAACGUUUUGUGUGCGAUGCGUAGUGACUUCAAGGAUAAUCACCAGGAGACCAUCAAUAAAAUGAUACAAUUUGGCACAGUGAAAUAUGGCAUUGUCAAACAGCUGAAGGAUCGCGCUCGCAGCGCCGACAAAGACACAGGCAGCGAUCAAGAAGAGAAUGGUGGCUGCUCGCCAUUGACCACGGCCACUACUACGGCCAGUCCCAGCCGGAGUCCCGAGCCGGAAGAGGAGCACCACGAUCAGGAUCAACAGGUAUCCUCCAUCAAAGAACAGGUAGAAAAGCCAUUAGAAUCGCUGGAGAACACUGAAAUCGAAUCCAUAGAGGAUAACAAUAACAAGGUAGUAAUGACAAAACCAAAUUCUGAGGACCGCGAACGGGAGCACGAGCCCAAUGCCAGUGGCUCGAUGCCCAGUUCCCCGGUCGCCGAGGCCAGUGCCGAAGAGGCGGCCACGGAGAGAGCUCCCGAAAAGGAGAAGGACAUCGAGGUUGAUGUGGAGAUGGGGGAGGAGCCAAGCAGUAUGCUUCCCACCGAGAUGAGAGGUCUGCCAGGAGCAGCCGGCGCGCCAGUGACCCUGGAGGCCAUUCAGAACAUGCAGAUGGCCAUUGCCCAGUUCGCGGCCAAGACCAUUGCCAACGGAUCCACCGGGGCGGACAACGAGGCGGCCAUGAAGCAGCUCGCCUUCCUGCAGCAGACCCUCUUCAAUCUGCAGCAGCAACAGCUCUUCCAGAUCCAGCUCAUCCAGCAGCUGCAGUCGCAGCUGGCCCUCAACCAGGCCAAGCAGUCGGAGGACGAACAGGAGGAGGAGCAGGAGCAGGAGGUGGACCAGGAUCAGGAACAGGAGACGGACACAUACGAGGAGGAAGAGCGCAUCGCAGACAUGGAGCUCCGCCAAAAGGCCGAGGCCCGCAUGGCUGAGGCCAAGGCCCGGCAGCAUCUAAUCAACGCCGGAGUUCCACUGCGAGAGACCUGCAGUUCUCCGGGAGAAACCCUGAAGCGGAGGAGAGAGCACGACCUGGAGUCGCAGCCUAGCCGUAGACUGAGCUCUGAGGCCUCCAUCCACAAGGAGAACCACUCCUCGCAGGAUGCCCUCUCCAAGCUGAAAGAUCUCGAAAACACUCCCCUGCCCUUCGGUUCAGACCUGGCCUCCAGCAUCAUCACCCACCACGAUGACCUGCCGGAGCCCAACUCCCUGGAGAUGCUCCAAAAAAGGGCCCAGGAGGUCCUGGACUCUGCUUCGCAGGGCAUCCUUGCCAAUAACAUGGCCGAUGACUUUGCUUUCGGAGACAAGAACGGAGACGGCAAGGGUCGCAAUGAGCCGUUCUUCAAGCACCGCUGCCGGUACUGCGGGAAGGUCUUCGGCUCCGACUCUGCGCUCCAGAUCCACAUCCGAUCUCACACCGGAGAGCGUCCUUUCAAGUGCAAUGUGUGCGGCAGUCGCUUUACCACCAAGGGAAACCUGAAGGUCCACUUCCAGCGGCAUGCCCAGAAGUUCCCCCACGUGCCGAUGAACGCAACUCCAAUCCCCGAGCACAUGGACAAGUUCCACCCGCCUCUGCUGGACCAGAUGUCCCCCACAGACAGCUCGCCCACCCACUCGCCGGCGCCGCCUUCCGGACCAUUUGCUUCGGCCUUCCCGGGACUGCAGAACCUCUAUCGUCCGCCCAUGGAGAUCCUGAAGAGCUUGGGAGCCGGUGCUCCGCAUCCCUUCUUCCCUCAGGACCUGCCCACGGAUCUGCGUAAGCCCUCGCCGCGUCUGGAAGAGGAGGAGGCAGUGGCAGCUAUUCCGGUGAAGAAAGAAAUCGUGGAGGAGGAGAAGGACGAGCAUCAGCAGCAGCAGGAUGAGCACGAAGAAGAGGCAAUGAGCCAAAGAGAAGAGGAGCAGGACAAUCGCAACUCCUCGCCGGAGCCAGAGCCCCUGCCACUGGAGGUGCGCAUCAAGGAGGAGCGCGUGGAUGAUGAACCGGAACAGGAGCAAGUUCACAAGGAGGAGCAUCGCAGGAGUCCCUCCCCUUUGCCACAGCAGCCGUCGCCCCACCAUCACCGACCCAGCCACCUUGGCUAUCCUCCGGUGGUGCAGCCCAUCCAGCCACCCGCCCUGAUGCACCCUCAACCCUCUCCGGGCUCGCACCUGGAUCACCUGCCUACACCAGGACAGCUGCCGCCUCGCGAGGAUUUCUUCGCCGAUCGGUUCCCGCUUAACUUCACGACCGCCAAGACCCUGUCGCCGGAGCACCACUCUCCGGUGCGGUCGCCGGCGGGAGCUGGAGUACCGCCGCCUGGAAUUCCACCUCCGCAUCACCAUCCUCACCACAUGGCCAGGUCUCCCUUCUUCAAUCCCAUCAAGCACGAGAUGGCAGCCUUGCUGCCUCGACCCCACAGCAACGACAACUCCUGGGAGAACUUCAUCGAGGUGUCGAACACCUCGGAGACCAUGAAGCUGAAGGAGCUGAUGAAGAACAAGAAGAUCAGCGACCCUAACCAGUGCGUGGUCUGCGACCGCGUCCUGUCCUGUAAGAGUGCCCUCCAGAUGCACUACCGCACCCACACCGGGGAGCGUCCCUUCAAGUGUCGCAUUUGCGGCAGGGCCUUCACCACCAAGGGCAACCUGAAGACCCACAUGGCGGUGCACAAGAUCCGGCCGCCGAUGCGCAACUUUCACCAGUGCCCAGUGUGCCACAAGAAGUACUCCAACGCCCUCGUUCUUCAGCAGCAUAUACGCCUGCACACCGGAGAGCCUACGGAUCUGACGCCGGAGCAGAUCCAGGCAGCAGAGAUCCGUGAUCCGCCGCCUUCCAUGAUGCCGGGACAUUUCAUGAAUCCCUUUGCGGCUGCCGCCUUCCAUUUCGGAGCUCUGCCUGGAGCAGGAGGUCCUCCGAAUCCCAACCACAGCAUGCACAACGGAGCCCUCGGCUCGGAGUCUUCUCAGGGCGACUUGGAGGACAACAUGGACUGUGGCGAGGACUACGACGACGAUGUCUCUUCGGAGCAUCUGUCGAACAGCAAUCUGGAGCACGAGCAGAACGACAGGCCACGAUCCGGGGAUGAUUUCAAGUCCCUACUGUUUGAGCAAAAGCUAAGGAUCGAUGCCACGGGAGUGGUCAACACGAAUCCUGUGCGGCCGCGAUCUUCGGCCUCCAGCCAUGGUGGCCACUCUGUGGGCUCCACCUCGGCUCCGACCUCACCCACCACAUCGUCGGUGGUGCAGAAGCCCAGUGCCUCGCCCGCCCGCUCUGAGGCCUCCCAAGGAGCUCUGGAUUUGACCCCGCGAGCUCAGCCUGCAUCCAGGUCCCCCUUGCCCGCCACCAAUAAGGAAAAGCCCGUGGUGAGCAGUCCGCCCAGCCUUCCGCGCAGUCCCAGCCAUGCCCCCACCUCGUUGCUGACCUCCCCUCUGCCUCCCAGCGUGGGCAUUGACUGUUUGCCACCAGGCCUGCAGCACCACCUGCAGCAGCAGCACCAGCACCUCAUGCAGCAGCAGGCGGCGGUGGCAGCGGCGGCGGCGGCCCAGCACCACCACCACCAGCAGAUGGCGGCACUCCACCAGCAUCAGGAGCAGCUCCGCCGGGAGGCUGCCGAGGCCCAGCAGAAGGCGGCAGCGGCAGCAGCGGCGGCAGCAGCAGCGGCCGCCGCUCAACGCCAGACCUCCCCGCAACCGCCUCAGCCGCAGCGGCCGGGAGAGGUUGCGGGCCCGCCACCCAAUCCGCUCAUGGGCGCCCGACCGCCCUUUGGAAUGUUCCCCAACCUCCCGCUUUUCCCGCCCGCCACCACCCAGAACAUGUGCAACGCCAUGAACCAGAUCGCCCAGUCGGUGAUGCCGGCGGCUCCGUUCAAUCCUUUGGCGCUAAGCGGGGUGCGGGGCAGCACCACAUGCGGCAUCUGCUACAAGACAUUCCCCUGCCACUCGGCGCUGGAGAUCCACUACAGGAGCCACACCAAGGAGCGGCCCUUCAAGUGCAGCAUCUGCGAUCGCGGCUUCACGACCAAGGGCAAUCUCAAGCAACACAUGUUGACCCACAAGAUUCGCGAUAUGGAGCAGGAGACCUUCAGAAAUCGUGCCGUAAAGUAUAUGAGUGACUUGAACGCCGAUCGCGAAUAAGUAUAAUCUCAGUUACCGCUAGCACGAUCCAUCCAAUAAUCGCCACCCAUGGAGGU